GUUGUAACGGAGGGUGAGAGACAGACAACCGUAUAUUACUUCAUCUCUUCACAUCUUUUCUUCUUCCACUCUCAAUUAAACUCACCUUUCUCCCUCUCUAUCUCAAAUCGGUAUUUCGCCGGUGACAAAUGUAGAAGAAAAACCACCAUCAUCGGACUACGCCCCCCCCCCUAUUUCACUACCUAAAUUUCACUUUCAACCAAACUCAAGAAAUGCCCCUUACUCGUUACCAAAUUAGGAACGAGUACGCCUUAGCGGAUCCGGACCUCUACAAGGCCGCCGAUAAAGAUGAUCCCGAAGCUCUUCUUGAAGGCGUUGCCAUGGCCGGCCUUGUCGGCGUCUUGCGCCAGCUCGGUGAUCUUGCCGAGUUUGCUGCUGAGGUAUUCCAUGAUUUACACGAAGAGGUCAUUUCAACAGCUGCAAGAGGCCAUAGUCUUAUGAUUCGGGUGCAACAACUUGAGGCAGAGGUUCCUUCAAUUGAGAAAGCAUUUCUGUCCCAGACAAAUCAUACAUCUUUCUUCACUAGUACAGGACUUGACUGGCAUCCUAAUUUGCAGUCGGAGCAAAGUCAUGUUGCUCGUGGAGACUUACCUCGGUUUGUCAUGGAUUCCUAUGAAGAAUGCAGGGGCCCCCCACGUCUAUUCCUUUUAGACAAGUUUGAUGUUGCAGGUGCGGGGGCAUGUUUGAAGCGAUACACUGACCCUUCAGUAUUUAAAGUGGAGAGAUCAAAUAUUGAGCCUCAAAGGGAGAAGAAAAUUCGUAAAGUGAAGCAGAAGAAAGGACCACGUUGGAGGAAUGGAGGGACGCCAGAAAUUGGACCAGCAUCCCAUACCAAACUACAUCAAUUGUUCUUGGAGGAGCGCAUUGAAAGUUGUUUUAAUGACCCUUUGCGGCUUGUAAAAUUGAAGAAAAGGCAAUUCAAUGGAUGUAUUGACUCCAAAAAUGGCAAAAGCUACAUGGAGAAAUUUCUGGAGACUCCUUCUCCGGAGCAUAAGAUGGUUUAUGAAGCAUCAGUUGCUGCACCAACCUUGCAUUCAAUAGCAGAUAAUACCAAUGAUCUGGGGCUUAGAAUACUUGAUAUCACUACAGUGAGUCCUGCAAGCAAGUCUCCUGGAAGAGGAAGUACAUGCUCUUCUUGUUUAGCCCAAGAAGAAGAGUUAAAAAGACCAAUCAACGGUGAUGCUUCUGGUGACGAGAUUUUCAAGAUGCCUGAAUCAACUGCAGAUGAAGAGAUUGAGACAACUUCCAAUCUUCAAAUGGUGGUGGUCGAAAACCACUUAGAAUAUGGAGAAGGGAAAACAGGGAGCAGUAUUGAUGGGUAUCGUUCUGAUGAGGUAAUUAGUGAAGUAGACAAUUAUGUGGAUGCUCUUGCUACUAUGGAGUCAGAAAUAGAAACAGAUAAUGAACCUAGAUCUAAAACUGUUAAUUUUGGUAGACAUAGAGGUGAGCCUGAUGCUAAUGGUGAAUGCCUAGAAACCCAAGCUCAACUAUCAGAUUCACAAUCCUUUGUAAACUCCUCAGGAUCAGAUAAUGGUAUCAGUUCAUUCAAGAGAGAGAGAUCAAGUUUUUCAUGCUCUGAUACACUAAGUAGUUUGGUUGACAAUAUUCAAUUUGAUUCGGAAGAAACAGCUAAAGUAUUACCUUCAAUUCCUAAAGCAUGCAUGGUGGAUAUUGAAAAUAUGCCAUGUAAUACUGAUUAUACCUCUCUUUCUCAUGAAAACCAUGCUGAUGAACAUGGAGUGCUUGAUGAUACUAGUGUUGAUGAGGAAAGAAAGUCAAAAUCUGAAGUAUCUGGAGAUUCUCGUUUUUUGGAUUCUAUUUCUCCUCAACCGCAGUUAGACCCAGAAUCAUGCUCAUCUCCAUCCUUAUUGGGGGACCCGAAGUUGUAUAAAAAAUCAUCUACUGACUUUGCUAAUAGUCUGCAAGCAUCAAUUACAGAGACAGACUUAGGUUGUGAUGAAGAUGUUUACCUUGAUGUUCCCUCCAAGGCUGUUAGUAGCGGUAACUACACAAUUCCAUCUGAAGGUAUUAAAGACAGGAAGGGUGUGGAUGUAGAUGCCACAUCUGAAAAUUCAUUACAUCUUCCGAAUGUCUUGGGGCAAGCUGUUGAGAUUCAAGCUGUAGAAAAAGUUGAGGAUACAAUGCUGCAAAAAGAAUACCAAGAUGAUAGAACUAUUGACAAGCAAGAAAUUGAACCGUCUCCUAGUUCUUUAUUGCCCUCUGAGACUUCAAGUGUUUCUACAAAUGAUUCUUCAGAUUACAAAUACGAUGCCAUUGCUCUGAAAGGCGAUGAUAAAAUUGUGAUAGAUGAAGCAAAAUGUGAAAACUCACCUCUUGCAGUAGAUUUAUUGCAGAUCCAGGAUUUGAAGGAUGACAACAUAGUUGCUGGAGCAAAAUAUGAAGACUUGCCUCUUGCAGCAGAUUUCUCCCAGACACAAGAUUUGAAGGAUCAAGUGGAAAAUGCAGCAGAUGAUGUUCUUCUAGUUGAAGAUGGUAGGACAGAAACUGAUGUAACAUAUUCUGUGAGGGAUCCAAAUGUUGUAGAUAUAACAAGGGCAGAUGAUGAUGGAAAAGUAACCAUAUUCACCCAUGCUGAUGAUACCUCAGAAGAAAAGCAACUUUGUUAUCCAAAUGAUACUGUUCCUGAGCAUUUGAACUCACGAGGCUUCGUUGAAACAGUUAAUUACGAAGGUGUGACUUUGUCUAGCACUUCUGUUUCCUCCCAUGAUGAAAUCACUCCACCAGGUGAUCUGGACCAUGAGGCUUCUGUGAGUUAUAGUAAUUUUGCAACUGGAAAGGUUAAAGCAGAUGAGGUUGUUGAUUCUGGAAGCUAUAGUGACAUUGUGACUGAAAAGGUUCCAGCAGAUAAGGUGGCUGAUUCUGAAGCCUUUAGUGACAUUGUGACUGAAAAGGUUCAAGCAGACGGGGCAGUUGAUUCUGUAGCCUGUAGUGACAUUUGGACUGAAAAGGUUCGAUCAGAAAAGUUGGUUGAUUUUGUUAACUGUAGUCAUGUUGUGGCAGACAAGGUUCGAGCAGAUGAGAUUGUUGUUCAACGGGCUGAAGUUAUACCCAAGAAUUUAUCUCAGUCUGGUGAUGAAGAGAAUAUGAGCAUAGAUAAGCUUCCAACUGGAGCAUGUGAAGAACAUGGACUUGCUUUUGAUGCUGAUCACACAACUAGUAAUGAUAUGAAUGGAAUUGUUGGCACACCCUUGAAUGAUAUUUUAUCUACAUCAGAGAAUGUUAGGGGUGAUUUAUCAGAAAACCAUCUUGCCUUAGAGAACUCGAGUGAUUUGUCAGAAAACCAUAGUGGCUUAGAGAACUCAUAUCCAAAUCAGAAUGGAUUUAAAGAUGUUUCAGAUUACUCUGGAGACAAAGUAAAGCACAUGGAAGUUUCUGCACCUUUAGAAUCCAAAGAUGAAUCGAUUUCCGGCUACCAAGAUUCAGUUGUGGAUGUUCUUUCUUUUGGACCAAAAUAUUUGGAAUUAAGAAAUCUAGAAUCAAAGCCCAAUUCUUAUCAUCAGGAUGAUCUUAAAGAGGGCAUCGAAUUUAUAUCCCCUCCCCCUCUAUGUUUCUCCUCUGCCAUUGAGACUUCCAGUAGACCAAAACCAGAUUUGCAAACUAAACACAAGGAAAUGGAGCUUGUGCAGGAAGAUCUUGAUGUUUCCACUUCUGCACUCAUUGGACAACGAUCUACUAGUCAAUUAGAUGAAGAGAAAGUUGAGCUGGUACAGUCUUCAGACCCAUUCCUGCAGGAUCAAAGUUUCAAAGGUAAAUCUGAUGGAGCAACCAUUGAAGCUGGACAUUCUCUUUCAGAGUUAUAUAAACAACAUCCGAUUGGUGAACACAACGUGACAGGUCCUGCAAUGAAUACAUUACAACCCGUCCUACCUAGUUACAUGUUGCUGCCUGAGGUACCUCAAGUCAGUUUGAACGAGAUGCCACCAUUGCCCCCUCUACCUCCAAUGCAAUGGAGGUUAGGGAAGAUUCAACAAGCUUUUCCUGCUCCACCUAGAAAUGACGAUCCACUUAAAUUGAUAUUUCCAUCAUCAAUUGCACCGCCUUUACAACCUGAGAACCCCUACACUUGCUUUCAAGAUAACAAGCUCACGAACAUAUCUGGUAACAUGGUACAUAACACAAUGCAGCCUCCUCCAUUCUCACUGCAAUCGCCCAUGAUUAACAACGAAAACUUUCAAUAUAGUUCUGCAAUCAUGGAGAAACAAUAUAAUAACCCAUUUUUAAAUUUACCGCCAAUGGCCAAGGAAACCCCGAAGCAUGAUUCUCUCAAGUCUGAUGAACAAGAACUACACUCUGAUCCGAAACUACCUUCACUAGGACCGACUAAUGAUGAUGCAAAUUGUAAAAAUGAUAACGAAUCUUCAUAUUUGCAGUCAUUCCAACCGUUUAGUUACUCAGCAUCAGAAACAGUCUUAAAGCCACAAGAUUUUGAAGGGGGACAGAGAACUUCCCAUGCUAUGAUGGUGCCUCCAUCGUUGAUGAAGAAUGAACAGUCUCGGGAUGACUUACCAAAUACAGAGGAGGAACUAGCUUCAUCUUCUAACACAGCUCUUAUGCCGUCAACCUCUGGGGUCGAGAUGCCAAAUGGAAAUCCACCUACCAGUAGUAAGCUACUUCGUCCACGAAGCCCUCUCAUAGAUGCUGUUGCUGCUCACGAUAAAAGCAAGUUGAGAAAAGUUUCUGAUCGGAUACUGCCUGAAAUGGGACCCAAGGUAGAUGAAAGAGAUUCACUUCUAGCGCAGAUUCGAACCAAGUCCUUUAGCUUGAAGCCCGCAGUGGUAACAAGACCCAGCAUUCAGGGUCCGAAAACCAAUUUGAGGGUCGCUGCUAUCUUGGAGAAAGCAAAUGCAAUUCGACAGGCAUUUGCUGGAAGCGAUGAUGAAGAUGACAACAGUGAUAGUUGGAGUGACUCUGAAUAAACUUUCAGCUCCUUCCAUAAAUACUCCAUCAUUUCUUUGCCAUGAAACUGGGCUGAGGUUUCUUGCUCUUCUCCCUUGCAUGGUAAUUGGAGUAGUUUAGCGCACUCUUCUUGUCUAAGCUUCUUCAUAUAUGUAAAUCAUACGUCACAUGUCCUCCCGCACCCCUCUCUGUUCUCUCUAUUUUGGUUUGAUCUUUUGGUCCCUAGCUCUGGUUCAUCAACAAAACAGUACCACCUGGGCAAACAAACGGUAUACAACAUACGAUACGAGGUAGAGUAUUACUCAACAAGAGGUGGACCACCGAUCAGAGUCAGUGUUUUUCUGAGUAUUUGGUAAAAUCUUGGCAAAUGUAAAUGGUAUUGGAAUGGGAUUAAAUUUUGGUAUGUAGACAUACUUUUGAUGUAAUUUUUGUAAUUGUAGCGUCUUUGUGUCAUCAUCACCUUUUUACUUCUGUUCCGGCCUCGUAUAUUAUAAUGGCCCCCUUUCUUAGUAUAGUGAAAUUCUUUGGUAAUGUGACACUUUAUACCAAUAUGUAUUUAUGUUAUAUACAGACUUAGCUUUAUCUUUUA